AUGAUACGCUCCUCCGCCACGCAGUGUCCCUCGUUUGCCACCUUGGGCUCCUGCACUAAUGGGGACCGCUGCCGGCUGGCGCACGGCCAGCGAGAGGCGGGGCGCACGGGGGAGAUGAAGGGGCAUGGCGCCAACACCAAGAGCCAGGAGGCCCCCGCGCCACGCCGGGUACUGCGUGUGCUACGCGCCACACGAGCGGUGGCAGCCCCCGCCGCGCCGCCCCGGCAGCUCCCGCCGUCGCCCCGUCAUUCGCCGCCACGUGACGAGCAGCUCUUCAAAAUCGAUCUCUGCCGCUACUUCGCCUCGCCAGGCGGCUGCAAGCCCGCUGCGGUGGCUGAGAUUGAUCCUGCCGAGGUGGCAGCCCUGCUGCAAGGCACAGCCUACCUUGAGGGGCCAGCCACUAGCAUUGGCAGCAGCGCGGCAGCCGGCAGCGUUGCGGGAGCAGGCUUCCAGGCCCUGGCGCCCAGCCCCGCGCCGCCGCCGGUGCUGCCCCCGGUGCUGCCAGCGGCCUGGCUGCUGCCGCCAGAAACCCGAGGCGGCCCUGCGCCUUUGCCUGGCAACGGUGCGCUCAUUGAGCGGCCUGUCAGGAGCCUGCAUGCGGCAGCAGCAGUCCCACCCGGCCAGCUGGUGGAGCAGGGCGGGGGAGCGGGUUCCGAGGCCGGCAGCGACAGCGACAGCGGCGGCAUCAGCGACAGCGGCAGCGGCAGCGACAGCGGCAGCGGCAGCGGGGGAGGCGGCAGCGGCUCUUCCAUCCCUGCAGGCCUGCAGGUCGUGCUGCACCGAGCCUUCAACUCCAUGCUCUGCCCCAUCACCCUGGAGCCCUUUGUUGACCCCGUGGUGGCGGCGGACGGAAACAUCUACGAGCGCAGGGCAAUCGAGCACUGGCUGUACAGGGAGGGCAACGGCACCUCUCCCCUCACCAACGAGUCGCUGGUCCACAAGCUGCUGAUGCCGUGCGGCACGAUGCGGCGGUGCAUGCGGGAUGUGGUGGAGUUUCUGACGGCCAUGCGGCAGCAGGCCGAGGAAGAGAGCGCGCCUCCCGGCUUCCCUAUGCCCAUGCCCCUGCUCCCGCCGCCGCCGCCGCCCGCCGAGUGGGCGGCGGGCGGCAACCCGGCCGAGGAGGAGGCUUUCCAGGAGUAUGACGAGGAGGAAGAGUACGAUGAUGACGAGGAUUACGACGAGGCUGAGGAGUAUGAGGCUGAGGAGCACCCAGCGGCGGCGGCGGCGAGCACCAGCGAGGGCGGCCGCGUGCUGAUCGUGCAGCGCCCGCAGGCGGCGGCCAGCGGGCCGGCCACCCCGCCCCUGAACUACGACCAGCAGCCUCCGCCCAACUACAAGACCUUACUGUGCCGCCACUACCAGGCAGGCUCCUGCUCCCAUGGCAACCGGUGCACCUAUGCUCACGGGGAGCACGAGCUGCGCCGCCCCGAGCGGCCGCAGGGGCAGUACCAGAAGCAGGGCCCCGGCCAGCCCGCCAGGCACCCCGGGGAGAAGACGGUGGUGUGCCGCUUCUGGCAGAACGGCUACUGCAAGCACGGUCCCCGCUGCACCUUCCUGCAUGGCUACCCGGAGCAGCGGCAGCAGUACAGCCAGCCGCAGGGGCAGCAGUACCAGCAGCAGCGCCCGGCCGUGCCGCCGCCGCCGCGCGUGCUGGCGCGCCCGGGGCAGGCGCCGCAGGAGGAGGCCGGCCAGGAGCUCAUGGCAGUUGACCCUCAGGAGCUGGUCUCCCUGCUGCAAGGCACCCACUUGGACCACCCCAACGGCCACGCCGGCGGCCAGGCGCCGGCGCCGCCGCCCAGCUACAGCGCCGCGGUGGCGGGGCGCGGCGGCGGCGGCGACGCGUCCGCCGCCUCGCAGGCGCCGCCGCUCAGCGCCGAGGUGCGCUCCGUGCUGCAGCGGCGCUUCAGGAGCCUGCUGUGCCCCGUCACCCUGGAACCAUUUGUGGACCCCGUGGUGGCGGCGGACGGCAACAUCUACGAGCGCAGGGCCAUUGAGGACUGGCUGUACAGGGGCGCCCACGACACCUCCCCGCUCACAAACGAACGCCUGCCCCACAAGAUGGUGAUGCCCUGCGGCACGAUGCGGCGGUGCGUGGACGAGGUGGCGCAGUUUGUGACUGCCAUGCGGCAGCAGGUGCUGUAG